CGCUGCAUUGCAAUUGAGCAGUGCUGCCUCCAACACGGAUUUGCGUGUGUUGGCAGGUCUUCAAAAAGUGCACAACUGCAAGCUACUGGUACGGUAGCGCAAAAGAAUGCAGCGAUAUGGUGGCUACCAGGCGCUUUACGGAGCCACUGGCGAGGAGUUCCCACUCCCAGCACACCAUCCUUGCAGUGCAGAACGCCUACGGUAGCUAGUAGGAGGGUUAUUCAGCUCCGGCCACAGAAGGACUUUACUGGCCGCAGUACUAUAGCUUUUUAAAACUAUUCUCCUCCGAGGAGUACUGAAAGGUAGUCUCUAUUCUUUAUGCUCGGGCAUGUCAAAGGCAAGCCAAAUUUGUCGGACACUUCAGGUCAGGGCUGGGGUCGCAGGUCACCAAAUUUCGUCAUGACCGCGAAAGAUGGGAUUUGAGUCGAGUCAGUCCAUCAAUCGGUUCUAUACUGAUGUUCUGAAAAGGAACAUCGCCCACAUCAACAGACAGCAAAACGUUAACGCGAUCGAGGAUAAGGACUGAGGGAGGCUUUGACAAAGAUGAAGGGCCGAAUUGCACUAUGGAUGGUUUUCCUCUUCGGCGUGACAAGGUCGCUGACGGAAUAUAUAAUCACCAUAGACCUGAGCAACACUUGGAGGCAACAUCUAGUGUGGUCCAAAAAGAAUGGAGAUGAGCUUAAGAAUGUUGUCACUCAGCGAUUUGCUUCUUCAACAGUGUUUCUGUCCCUGCUGUUCAGCAGCGAGCUCGGCAUUCUUUACAGUCCCUCAGACCCUGGAAAAGACAUCAGAUUAGCCCUCCAGGAGCGACAGUAUGGUUCACCAUUUUAUUGGACUGGUGUAGUCAUUUGCUUUGCGAUUUUUUUCUCGGUGACCUCCCUUGUUGCAAACUUUACAGCCAUGUCUGUAUUCUCAUCUCUGAGCAAAGAGAACGCCCCCAUUGUCCUUCGCAGCACACUAGGACUCUACACUGCACAAUUACCCAGUCGCCUCGUUACUGGCGCAAUCUAUCUUUUCUUUGUAGUUGUAAUCUUUACAUGGGUGAUCAUAAUGCCACAGGAAGUUGCGAUUAGUAUGAGCAUUAUAGCAUCAUUGCUGCUGAUCCAUAUUGUCAACACUUUCUCAUCAAUGGGGCGAGUCAUAAUGGAUUCAGGGGCCAUGAGCCACCUGCCAAUUUUAGAUCCGGAAGAAGAGGAAAAGUUGGAUCCACAUGAACUAUCUAAUGUGCUCAUCAAGCGGGUUAUUUUGGCAAGGAAGGCACAGGUAUCUAUCAAUCAUCAAUACAAAGUUGACUAUCAAGAAACACUGAGAGAUGUCCAAGCAGGAAAUGUAACCUUUCCGUUGACUGCCUCUGAGUUGGAUCACCGAGCGACCAACUUCUACCUCUCCAGAAGUACCAUGGGUAUUGCAGCAAGAAACUUUCAAUACACUGUAUCAGAAUCAUUGCACUCAGCGGGCAGUGUGGCUAGCAAUGCAGCCAGUGUGUUUUCCUCGGCAGCUGGUGCAAUACCGGGCUCUAAUGUGGCUAGCAACAUUGCCACCAAAACAGCAAACACAGUGGGCGCUGUCAUUCCGGGUUCAACGAAUUUGACAAAGAUUUCAGAGGAGGGAAAUGAAGUGGGGGAUGAGGGCGACGUUGGCGAAAGCCAAGAGACCACACUGGAGCCUCCAAUGGUGCAGGAAGAGGGGAUGCAAACGUUGGAUGAUGAGAGCCAAGAGAUUGAGGAGAUUGAGAUAAUUCAAGCCAAGUCCAGUGAACAGGAUGAUGGUUUUUGAAGCAUUCCUACUUAUUCUGGGUAGGGCUUCCUGGCCUCCAUGAAAACAUGGAUCUACAGUUGUAGUAGUGUAAGAGUUAGCUAAAGGUCUUUUCUAGGU